AUGUCUUCGAACCCCAGAAAGGGACUGGCCUUCAGUUCAAAGGCCAUAGCUGAUGCAGCUUCAUGGUACUGUGCCUUUGUUCUUGUGGCCCUUGUGCUCCUAGGCAUGUUCAAAGACAGCUCCAUGUUUCCGAGCCAUGCCAACCUCGUAGUCAACCAACUCCUGUCUCGGCCAUGCGAGGAAAUCUAUGUUGUUGGGGAAGGUGAGACACUUCACACAAUAAGUGACAAGUGUGGUGACCCUUUCAUCGUUGAGAACAACCCUCAGAUCCAUGACCCCGAUGAUGUCUUCCCUGGCCUCGUUAUCAAGAUUACACCCUCACUUCAUGGCUAG